AUGUCUUUUACGGACUGCAACAUGGUUAAAUUCCUCUUCACCUCGGUAGACAGUAUGUCCUAUGGGUUCUGCAAUGUAUGUCUAUGUCUGGAAAGGAUCACAGGGAAACUUCCUGAAGAGUUCAGGGAAGGGAGAAUUGAAAGUUCACCUCUAUUUGAACUUCCCCAAGGUUCUUUCACCAACACAAGCACAUUGCAAUACCUCUGGCUCAAAUAUAGUAAUGUUCCUGUGAUCCACCAAGGAGCCCUGAAGCACCUGUCAGAGCUGAGAGAGCAGAGACUGGAGGGCUACAAGCUCCAUUCAGUACCGCGGACAGCUCCCACACCAAGCAUCUUGGUUCUCAAACACAACAGUAUUGAUGUACUACUCCCUGAGCUGGCUCUUCAGUUCUCAGUCAACCUGAUCUACCUUGACCUAUCCUCCAAUAGGCUUACAGUUGUAUCCGGGAGUGUCUUCUUGAACUGACUGCUCUACCAGAAACACCAGUAGCCUAGUGUGGAGGAGAGGGGAGAGGGAAGUGGAGACAUCCAAUCUAGCAUGGUAAUAGUACUGCAUGGCAAUCCCUGGCAAUAUGACUGUCACCUCAGGGGACUUGUGCAGUCUGUCAAAUCCAUUAGUCUCCAGGUCAUCCUGGUAAAUUCCUACCUAAUGUGAAGAGGCCCUCUUUUUCAAGGGAGGGCAGUUUUUCAUCAAACUAAGCUCACUGUUUGUGUGAAGCCAGAGAUCUCAACCCCUAGAAUCAGUGUCACCAUUCAGGUGGGGCAGAAUGUGACCCUGUGGUUCUUGGCACAGGCCAGCCCCUCACCAACCAUUACAUGUGUAUAUUCUUUGAGUAGGUAAAGGGAAUUUGAUGUAAUCUCAUCCCCUGUGGAAGAUGCUGCUCUGUCAGGGCUGGUCAUACCAGCUUCCCACCUUGUAGACAGAGGCUCUUACCCCUGUGUGGCUUCCAGCUCCAUUGGCAGUAGCACCUUUGCCAUCUCCCUCUAUGUCUAGCAUGGACCCAUUCCCUCAAAGGGGAAUGCCUUCCUUGACCUGUGAGUCAUUAAGCAGAGGGUGCAGGGUCCCGCUGGAGUGGUUUGCAGCGAUUGAUACCCCUAGGAAAAGUGGUUCACCUUCUACAUUGCUUAGAAUGGAGCCCUCAGGAAGGAGAUAGCUCACAUCGGCCGAAUCAACGCAUACAUUGUGGAUGACCUCCUGCCGAGCACAAAUGAGGUAUGUCUCAGCCUGGGAAGUCAGCCCCCACACCCGGGGUGGUGUAGGUCUCUGUGA